AAAAGUAUGACACGCGUAACCCCAGAUUGUUAAGUCACCGUCUUCAUCACUCCACAUUCAUCUUCUUUCCAAUUCUCAAUCAAAUUCAAUUCAAUUCAAUCGCACAAAUUCAAACCCUAACAAUGGUUCCACCACCACCAAACCCAGAAACCCAACAAUUCCUCAGCUCAAUCCUCUCCCAACGCGGCCCCUCCGCGCUCCCUUACUCCGAAGACACCAAAUGGCUUAUCCGUCAACACCUCCUCUCUCUCCUCACCACCUUCCCUUCUCUCGAACCCAAAACCGCCACCUACACUCAUAACGACGGCCGCGCCGUCAAUCUCCUCCAAGCCGACGGUACGAUCCCCAUGACCUACCAAUCCGUCACCUACAACAUCCCAAUUGUUAUCUGGCUUAUGGAAUCUUACCCUCGUCACCCUCCUCGUGUUUAUGUUAAUCCCACCAGGGAUAUGAUUAUUAAACAUGCUCAUCCUCAUGUUAAUCCUUCUGGAUUGGUUUCCGUUCCGUAUCUGCAUAAUUGGAUUUACCCUAGUUCUAAUUUGGUUGAUCUUGUUCUUGCUUUGAGUUUGAUUUUUGGUCGUGAUCCUCCUCUUUAUUCUCAACGUAGACCUAAUCCUAAUCCUAACCCUCAUCAAAAUCAUAAUCAUAAUCCUAAUCCUAAUCCAAAUACCAAUCAAAGUUCUAAUUUUGGAACUAAUCCUCCAUCUGGGUAUUCUCAUCCUGGUAGGAUUAAUAGUAAUAUUAAUAUUAAUAGUUAUCCUCCUUCACCUUAUUCACCUGCGCCUUCUCGGCCUACGCAUACGGAGGAUCCUACCGAGGUUUUUAGGAGGAAUGCUAUUAACAAGCUGGUGGAGAUGGUGCAUAAUGAUGUAACGGCGUUGAGGAAGACUAGAGAAGGUGAAAUGGAAGGGUUGUUUGGUUUGCAAGGGGUUUUGAAGCAGAGGGAGGAGGUUUUGAAUAAUGGUGUGAAGGAGAUGCAAGAUGAGAUGGAGGGUUUGGAGCAACAGUUGCAGAUGGUUUUGAUGAAUACGGAUGUUUUGGAGGGUUGGUUGAGGGAGAAUCAAGGGAAGAAAUUGGGGAGUGUGGAGAAUGCUGAGGAGGCUUUCGAGUGUGUGGAUGUGCUUUCGAAACAGAUGCUUGAUUGUACUUCUGCUGAUUUGGCUAUUGAAGAUACGCUUUAUGCCUUGGAUAAGGGUGUUCAGGUUGGCUCUGUGCCGUUUGAUCAGUAUUUGAGGAGUGUGAGGGCGUUGUCCAGGGAGCAGUUCUUUCACCGUGCUACGGCUGCUAAAGUUAGAGCUGCUCAGUUGCAGGCUCAGGUUGCGAAUAUGGCUGCUAGGAAUCACCAUUAUGGUAGCUGAGGAGGCAUGGGUAGGUUUAUCUUAUGUCUUCAGGUUAUGGAAUCAUUCAUUGUUGGUUUUGUUUGGUACAGAUUGGUAUUUGUUUAUUGGCUUUUUAAUCGCUGCUUCUGUUCAGUAGCAUAAGUUGGCAGCCCCAUAUGCCUUGAACAACUUUGAGAUUUUUAUUGGCAUGAGGCUGUACUAUUGUUCUUAUACAGAUUUAAUUAUAUGAUUUUGGUUAAAAUUUUGUUUAAAGGUAUACAUACUAUGGAUCAUAGGUUUGUCCCACGUUGUAGUUUAAAACAAAUAUUGGGUAUAUUAUGAUGUGUAUAUAUGUAUUUUCUAGCUCUGA